AUGUCCGAUCAGGCUGCAGCCGCCGCUCCCCAGAAGCGCGUCAUGUGGGUGCCGCUCGAAUCCAAUCCGGAGCUCUUCACCAGCUGGUGCUCGUCGAUGGGCCUGGACACGUCCAAGUUUGCCUUCCACGACAUCUACGGCACCGACCCGGACCUGCUUGCCAUGGUGCCCCAGCCGGUAUCUGCCGUCCUCCUCCUCUUUCCGCUCACCGAAGAGAUGGCGAAGCUGCGACACGACGAAAACGCGUCGGCGUCGCCCGACGAUCCGAGCUCGGGCAUCCUGUGGUUCAAGCAGACCAUCGGCAAUGCGUGCGGCACCAUCGGCCUGCUGCAUGCGCUAGCCAACUCGGAUGCAGCGAACAGCAUCAAGCCAGGCUCGCCGCUGGAUACACUCUUUCAGAAGGCGCGCGCGACUUCGGAUGCAAACGAGCGUGCAGACGUGCUGGUCAACUCCAAGGAGCUCCAGACGGUGCACGAGGCUACGGCGAGCCAGGGACAGAGCCAGGCACCAGAAGACCUGGACAACGUGCUGCUCCACUUUAUCUGCUUUGUCCGCAGCAAGGAUGGCGAGCUGGUCGAGCUCGAUGGGUCCAGCGGCAGGAAGGGCCCCAUGCCGAGGGGGAAGAAGGUGAACACGCAGGAGGACCUUCUCCCCGUGGCUGUCGAGUUUGUCAAGGACCACUACAUGGCGCUGAACCCGAACGAAGUCAACUUCAACCUCAUCGCGCUCGGACCUUCGUUUGACUGA